GCUACUAUUUGCAAUGUUUUAUUGCAGUCACCCACAGUAAACCCAACCCCCGGAUCUUUUGUUGCACCCAAUUUCCACAUGAACUUCUGCAACCUUAUAGCGGCAUCUUCUGUUUCACACGAGUGCUUCUGACAAGCUAGCCUUCACUUGCCAUCUUCUGCGCCUAGAGGAAAAUGGCCGUCGUUGUCGAGGAUAAAGUAGUGAAAUCAACGUGUCAAGAUCUCAACAUUCCCGAUGUCGAUGCAGCAGAGUUCUUCGUGGAAAAAUUUCGGACCUUUGAAGACCGCACCGCACUGGUUGACUACGCAACUGGAUCAACGUUUACGUACAGCGAGCUAGAAGACGUAGGUCAUCGAGUGGGUGCUGGUCUUCAGAGGCUGGGAUUCCAACCUGGACAGAGGACGGGUAUCCACAGCGGUAACUCACACGACUGCCUCCUGGCAGUGCUCGGUACAAUAUUGGCCGGUGGAACCCUAGUCUUCGCAAAGGCAGCUCUCACACCGCGAGAAUUACGCUACCAGUUUGAAGAUGCACAACCGGACGUGGUGUUCUGCGAUCAAGCGAACGCUUCCAAGACCCUGGAAACUUGCAAGUUCAUUCCCUCGGUUAAGACGCUGGUAGUAUUUGGUAGCCACGACGGCUUCGUGUCUUUCGGUAAACUAAAGUGCUGUUCGAGAUCCGACUUCUUCCCUGUUCCCAAGCGAGAUGCCGGGGACGCCCUGGUGAUUAUGUACUCAAGUGGAACGACGGGACUUCCUAAGGGCGUCUUGAUCUCCAACGAGAAUUUCAUCAUUAUGUGUCUUCUUCCUUCGCACGAAUCAGUGCAGUGCGCCAGCAGAGACGACGUCUACUUGUGUGCAGCACCUCUGAUGCACCUCUCGGGGCUGUGGAGCACAUGUUUCUUCUUUGCGACUGGAUCUUGCGUCCUUCUUCUCACUGCUCCUGAGCCUGAAUUAGUAUUCCCCGCCAUCGAAAAAUACAAGACCACGACGAUGAUUACAUUUCCCACGGUAGCACACAAGCUACUGCAGAGUCCCCUCAUUGAUGCACACGACAUCGGCAGCAUGAAGGAGAUUAUCAUCGGCGGGAGCCCCAUGCCGUCGGUGGUGGCGAAAAGGCUUAUUGCAAAAUUUAAUAUUGGCUACUUCAGACAAGGUUACGGCAUGACCGAAACAUCGGGAAUGGUCACAAUAACGCCUCCCAACCACUGCGAACAUGGCAAUGUUGGAAAACCAGUUCCACUGUGUCAAGUGAAGGUGGUGGAUGUGGAAAACGGUGAAAAGCUGGGCCCCUACAAGCACGGCGAACUUCGGGUGAAAGGACCAGGAUGUGUUCAGGGUUACCUGAACAUGCCUAAAGGUGCUACUGACCUGUACGACGCGGAAGGAUUUCUGAAAACAGGGGACCUCGGCUACUACGACGAGCAAGGGAGUUUUUAUAUAGUGGAUCGAAUGAAAGCACUCAUCAAAUGCAUGGAUCAGCAAGUGGCGCCGGCUGAACUGGAAGAUCUGCUCCUUCAGCACUGGGCUGUCAAGGAUGCAGCAGUUGCAGGAGUUCCACACAAAGAAUAUGGAGAAGCUCCGAGGGCGUUCCUUGUCUUGGACCCAGCUGCAGCAGGAAAAGUAACAGAGGGGGAACUAUCACGAAUUGUAGCAGAGAACCUUGCACCGCAUAAACACUUGUACGGAGGAGUGGAAUUCGUGGAAAGCAUUCCGAAGUUGGACACUGGCAAGAACCUGAGGCGAGCUCUGCGAGAUGCCUACAUUCGAGCGAACUGUUAAAAUAAAUAGUUACGUCAUG